GUAUUUUUUUCGUCUGUGACUAGACAGUCAACUUGUUGUCGAAAAAGAACGUCUUUCACGACAAACCGAUUCUACAGAUAUGACCCAUCAAAGGAUGUCACGAUGCAACUUAUAAGAAUUGCUGCUUUUGAACUUGGACCUGGCUGAUCCAGUUGAAAUGUUCUGACCCUCAUCCUGUCAUCGGGGUCAACAAACUUCUUUUACAUCAGACUUGAAGGUCAAUACACUUUUCAGCAUGUGGCUAAGGAUGCUGAGGUCUCGACCCAUCCACAUGGCACUGGUGUCGGGGAUAAGUGUCUAUGUUCUUUUGACUGUCAUUGGGAUGUUGGUGCACAGUGGCCAAGAACAAGGUACCCAAGCGAAGCAGCGGUACAUUGAUCUUGCAAGGCGUGUCCAACGAGGUGACCAGGGAAUCGCUCUCAUGGACAACCAUGACACCGGCAUUAAUAAAGAGGCCCUUGUGGCUGCGCCAGGGGGUGAAGCCAACUUCAUCUACCUUGGGAAACAGGGCGAAUCGCCUGUGGAGUCGGGCAAGCUAAACAAGAUCGCCAAUAUGUUAGAGAACAUCGAGGCUAAGCUGGACGAUCCAAAGAAAGACGGCAAUGUGAACAAAGAUUUCAAAGACGUUAAAGAUGCCAUCAGGGAAAUGAUUGGAAAGGGAACAGGAGAUGUAGAACAAAAAGAAGAGAAAGAACUGAAAGUGGUUUUAGAACAGCCUGCUGAGCCAGAGCGGCUGGAAAAUGUUGGCAUUGACGCUUUGCCCUUUGUUAAUGAUCCAUCUCAGUCAGCUUCUCAAUGUCCAAAGACCGUACAAACUCUUGCCAAAUAUUCAAAAUGGUUCCGUACGCGUUACGAACAUGGGAUCAAACUCUUUGCCAACUUGGAUGACAUCAAGUCCUACUCAGUAUACCAUAAGCUGGAGCAUUACACACCACCGUUUGGCUUCAAGAGGACGAAAAGAGAACAGCUUGGGAGGAUUAUGAGCCAUCCUAAUUUCACCAACUCGGGGCUUUUUGGUGAUAAAAAGCGCCCUCAAUGUUUACGCUGUGCAGUGGUUGGCUGCGGGGGCAUCUUAAAUGGAUCCAAUGCAGGCCCUGAAAUCGAUAGCCAUGAUCUUGUGUUCAGAUUAAACAGAGCAAUGUCAUCCGGUCGUUUUGCCCAGGAUGUCGGUGUGAAGACAAGUCUUUAUACCUUCUUUCCAGAAUCAAUGCAUGCCCAGGAUGUCAUUGAUGAUAGUGCAAUGUAUGUAUACACCAUGUUCAAACAGUACGAUGUUGAUUACAUGGAGAGUAUUAUCAACAGUCAACCUCCACCUAUUUAUGUUUCAAAAGGCAAAAAAUAUAAACUGAAGAAGCCACCUAUACCCCCUGACAGGCUAAAGCUCUUACAUCCAGACUUCUCCCGUUAUGUCUUUACAAGAUACCUAGAUGGCAAAUCACAUAGACCAACCACAGGUGCCUUAGUAGUGAUGCUAGCAGUCCACAUUUGCGACGAGGUAACAAUCUAUGGGUUCGGUUACGACCAGCGCUUCACGCUACACUACUACGACAAAAACUUUGUAAACCACACCGACAAAUCCACGGCCCUUCACGAUAUCGACAACGAGAGAGGACUUUGGAACAAGCUGCACGAAGAGGGAGUUAUCCGAUUUUUCAAACGGGACUUAUGACGGGAAUAAAAACUAUUCAUGUUUAUCUGUGUGUGGUUACGAACAACGUUUCAAAUUCCACUUUUAAUGGGAUCAUCAUCAUCCUCUUACAAAAUCAAGGCCCUUUCACAAUAUCAAUUAAAAAAAUGCAGCGGCUGUCGAAGUAUCACAAGAGGGCGCUAUCAGCUUCAACAUGUCUUAUGAGAGGACGACCAAGUAUUUGAUCUCAUCUUGUAACAAGUCCUCACAGUUUUGUCUUAUGUAAUCCACUAACAUGGGAAUUCUGUGCUCUGUUAUGAAUAACAGUAAAUUGCAAAUAUUCUAUGAUGGGCGAUAUGUCUCAAAGAAUAUUGUAAUGGAUGCCUCUUCUUAAACUACCAGGGAGGUGUUUCACAAAGAUUUGAGUGUGAUUUAGAGUCGCACCUUAAUGCUGACGCGUACAUGAUAUGCAACGCGCAAUCUUAUAGAUUUAUACGCAGUAGUGCACGUCCUCUUGGCAUGAUCUGACCAAUGUGGUCAUGCCUUUCAUAACGCAAGCAACUCGGCAUUUAAUUGUGAAUCUGAGUCAUACUUAAAUCUUUGUGAAACACCCCCCUGUUCAUAUAAGCUAAUACUCUGAUCAUAUGAUUGAUACCAACAAAUGUAGCAAACAUGUCACAGUUAUAAUCUUAUUUUCAAUUUUCUUCACUCAACGUUAUGGUAGUGGUAAAAGAGAUGGUUUUUGUCUGUCAUGAUUCAUUUCCAUCCAUGUGGAUUUCAUCAACUAGGCAAAAACAGCCCCUGUUCAAUCAAACAGAGGUUCGGAAACAUGCGGCUCAUACAAGGAGUUAGGGGGAUAAAGAAGAAAUGACUGUGAACAUUGGUUCGACCCCAAACUCUCUGUCUGAUCAGGGUCCUGUUUCAAAAUGACUUGCAAUAGUAACAAAUGCACAAUUUCUACAACCAGUGGACUAUCAACCAAUCAGAUUAAAGGAUUUCAGUAGCUUGUAACUGUUAUUGCAAAUUGUUCACUAUAACCAGUUUUUGAAACAGGGCCCCAGAAAUUUCCAGCUGCACUGCAAUCCAAUGAAGCAAUAUAUGGAGAGUAAUUAUGGCAUAUUUUCCAACAGUUCAUUGUCUCAGUAAAUAGCAAAUUAGCACUUCACAAAUUAACACAAUUUCAAUGGUCACAUUUUACACACCUCUACAGGCUAAUACACAUCCAGUGUUUUAACAUUUAUCACAAUUACAUUUCUUGUACAAAAUUUGUCUUGUGCCAAAUAUAGUACUAAAGUGUACCACUUAAAAAUGUUUGUACCUACAUUCCAUUAUGAAUAUUGUAUAGGUGUAUGAUGAAGUUCAAUUAAUGGAAUGUAUAUGUUGUAGCAUGUAGCUCAGGUAGCAAAGAAAUAUACAAUGAUAUGAAAACAGGACAAUCUUUUUAUAAUCUCAAUUCACCUGGAUUAAAGUAUGUAGAGAUUAUCUCCUGCAGUAAUUGUAAUUGAACAAUAAUAGAUUCACGAAGUUCACCGAAAGAAAGCAACACUGAAAUUGCAGCAUUAUGUAGCAAGCGAUAAAGAUAUGGAUGUUUCAUAACAUAAAUGACAUUGUAUUAUGUUCUCUGUUUAUAAAGGUUUCCAUGGCGAAGAAAGCAUGGAGUGGUUUAACGGUACACCAUCUCUUCUUUCAUAGGCAUGUGUUGGUCCUGAACAAGAAAGUGUUUGGAUUUUCCUGUAACGACUACUUAAUCGUUGACAACUAGAGCCAUUGUUGCUUCAUCUUUUGGCAGGAAUAUUACGCAGUUUUUACCCCUCCUCUUUCUCAUUUGUCAGCUUAGACCAAAAAAUGGAGUGACCAGCAAAAAAAAGUGAUUUUAUGCACAGCAGCCCGCAGAUCAAAUCCAAUGUACCCAGCUUUUGUUUAGCUAUAAAUCAUUGAAUAUGCACAGAAUUAUUUUUUUUUUAAAUUGCAAUAAAUGUAUGGUGCAAAUUGUGUUCCUGUUCACUUGGUAGAGACCACCAAAAUAAGGUGCGUAUUUUUAUGCUAUUAUACAUGUAAGUAUGAACUUUGUGAUCUAGUUUUCAUGUUUCCAGUUUGACACCAAAUAUAUGAAUUGGACAGUUUAUAGUUAACCAAAGUCUAAUACAUUAUAGGGUGGGGUACUGAAGAUAUAUUUAUAUUUUUUUAAACAAAAGUAUGAACGUUUGUAUAGGUCAAUUCUAUGUUAUGUAUCAUUUUGAGUCUCUCUCUGUCUCCUAUCUUGCUCUGUCUGUCUCUCACAGUUUCCUUUCUCUAUUAAUCAACUGCUUUCUGUCUAUCCAUCUCUAUAAAGCUUGUCUCCCCUUUACUUCAUUUGUUCUCUCUAUCUCUUAAUUUCUCUUUCGUCCUCUAUCUCUGCUUCUCUCUCUGUUUUAUGCUGUCUCUCUAUCUCUCUUUUUGUUUCUCCAUCUCUAUCACCCUCUCUGUUUCUCCAUCUCUCUCUCCCUGUCUACAGGACUCACAUUCAGCACAUACCCAUGAUUUAUUGCAAAUGUGUUACCAUUAGGAGAAUAAACUGGGCUUUUUGAAAAUACCAACAUUAAAUAUUUAUUUCACCAAAAGACUUAAGUAAUUGGAUAUGAAUGUUUAACUUUAUCAUGAAUAAUAUUCUGCUUCAUAAGGUGGGGGGAAGUAUUAUCUUUAUUCUCUAAUAACAAUCUUUCAUGCAUUAUGGUGCACAUAACAGGUUUUGUAAAACUAGCUGGUUGCAUUUAUUGUUUCCAUUUUAUAUUUUUGUAUGUUUUUUUGAAGAGUAAUAUUGUGUUAAUAACCAAAGUAAUUAUAGAAAUUGGUGUACCAUAGUGGAAAAUGACUACAUCAUGUGAAUUCUCAAUAUAUAUUUCAAAUUGUGUUUGUUUUGUUUUUAACUUCUGUUUAUAAUGUUAUAAUUAAAUAUGUAUAUGUAUGUUGUGAGAAUUGUUAAAAUGAAGCCCACCUAGCCCUCCCACUUCCUCAGGCCCCUGCAGUCCAUGGUGAUGCAUAUUAAGUUACGAUGGUUACUCGGCUGAGCUUGGGUCAUGCGUGAUGCCCCACAAUGCUCAAUGCCCGUUCACUUGCACUGUGAAGGGGCUCCAUGACAUUUGCUCUAAUGGAAAAUCUGCACGUUAUGCCAAAGAUAUUAAAACCUAACCUCCAGAACUAAAUAAACCACUAUUCCUUGUCUUGAUGCUAUUCUGAAUCCAAACUUUUAUUUCAAUUCUAACUCUAUCCCUAUACCCUCUGAGAUAUUUAUAAGACCAGAGGAAAUGUCGCAGGAGCAUAUGUCGUGCCACCGUUGUAUCUUUAUAUGCAUCACCAUGGACUGCAGGGGCUGCGGAAAUGGGAGGGCUUGGUGGGCUUCACCCCUCCUCCACUUUUUUUUCCAAAACCCGUGUACAAAAACGUAAAAAUGAACAUCUGAUUGUGAUUUUUGCAUGGUCACCCCCCCCCCCCCUAAACUUUUUGGCUCAGCCCUCCACUUUCAAAAGUGUUGCACAGCCUCUGGACUGUAUGCAUUUUGUUGCAUCAUAUUGGAGCAUGUGGAUGGAUAUGCAUACUCUGAAAUGUAGAUUUACAGAUCCCUUAAUGUUCAUGGGAUUAGAAUCAUUUCAGGAAGAAGGAUUUAUCACCAAACAUAAUAUUCUUUGUUGUAACUGUUUUUGUCGUGUUUUCUUACUUUUUAGUUGAUAAUUUGGAUUGUCUUCCAUAUCUUUUGUCCUUGUUUUAGUUUAUCUGUACACAUUCAUAUAGAUUAUUGCCUUUAUACAUGGACAUGCAGAAUAAGUUUGGCUUUAAUAACUUUCAUCUUGCCCUUGGAAUUUUUCUCUCUAUUCAGUCAAACACAUGUUUUGGUCUUAUUCAUAUUUGAAAUGUGUACAUAGUAUAUAUAUAUAUGUUAUGUCAUCAUAGUUCAACGAUGAUUGUUCCCUUGUCUGAAUGAGUACUUUGGAAUUUACCACUCUUUGACCUGCAAAAACUUAUUUAAAAACUCUCAUUAUGAAAUGUUACACUUCAUUGUCGUCAAAGGAAAAUCUAAUUGUAGUUAUCAUUUUAAUAUUUUGAUAACUCUGGUUUCUAUUUUUUUUUCUGUUAGGUUUCUUUCACAUGAAAAUAUGCUGAUGUGAAAUUCUAAAUGACCUAUACCACCGAUGUAGAAAUAUCUUGAACUGCUUUGAAUUACAAAAUAUUAUGAAUUGCUCCUUAUCUGUAAAAUACUUAGCUAGAUUAACAAUAAGAUAUGGUCAAAGAUAUAUUGCUAUACUUUAAAAAAUAUUUCAUGUUGCAUUUUGGAAGGUAAUAGUUUUUACUGUAAAUGCUGCAAUGUAGAGCACCAUUGUCCUAUGUGUAAUAUUGCUAAAUAUUACCAUCUAAAUAUUAUUCACUCUUAUCUGAAAUUUAACCAUUUCACAAUGUAUUCAGUGUAAGUAAUGUGAUUAUACAUUAACUUGAAAUUACUUUAUUUAUUCAUAGGAAUGAUGAAGGUAACAUACAAUUAUUAUCUGAAAUGAUCUUGGUAUUAAACACAUUGAAAAACUUAUAAUUCAUCAUCCAAUGAAAUGAAUGCAAAAUAAAAAUGACAAAUAUUAUUUUAUGUGUGUGAAAUAAUAAUUUCUGUUGUAUCAUAUAAACAAUCUUAUCAAAUAAUCCUUAAUGAAUUGGAACAGUUACGUUUUAUAUUGUAUUCUCUGUUUUUUAGGAAAUAGCCAGUGUCAAAUGUCUUGAACAAAAGUUAAAUCAUAUCAAGUGAUGUAAUUUGUAAAUAUACAACUCAAUA